GAAUGUAAAGCGAGCAAUCAAUUCAAAACCGUUUCCAUGGUUACCACCGGCGUUGAACGGGAAGGAUAGGAAACUCAACGCACUGUAAAAAGCAAAUCAUGGCGGCGAUCCCAUCAGUUAAAGUAGCAGAAGUGCGAGAAUUCUCUCGAAUUGAACGAAUCGGUACUCACUCUCACAUUCGAGGUCUUGGACUUGAUGAUGCUUUGGAACCAAGAGAAGUGUCCCAAGGCAUGGUUGGCCAGUUGACAGCACGACGAGCUGCUGGUGUGGUACUGGAAAUGAUUAGAGAAGGAAAAAUUGCGGGGAGAGCAGUAUUGAUUGCUGGACAGCCAGGAACAGGCAAAACUGCAAUUGCCAUGGGUAUGGCACAGGCUCUCGGGGACAACACACCUUUCACAUCCAUGGCCGGAUCGGAAAUCUACAGCCUUGAAAUGAGCAAAACUGAAGCUCUAACUCAAGCAUUUCGAAAAUCUAUUGGAGUUCGAAUCAAAGAAGAAACUGAGAUCAUUGAGGGUGAGGUUGUUGAAGUCCAAAUUGAUAGACCUGCUACCGGAACUGGUGCUAAAGUAGGAAAGCUGACAUUAAAGACAACAGACAUGGAAACUGUGUACGAUUUGGGCAACAAAAUGAUUGAAUCCCUCAUCAAGGAAAAGGCCCAAGCCGGAGACGUCAUUACCAUCGACAAAGCCACUGGCAAGAUCUCUAAACUUGGACGAUCGUUCACUAGGGCUAGGGAUUACGACGCAACUGGACCGCAAACCAGAUUUGUUCAGUGUCCCGAAGGCGAAUUACAAAAGCGGAAAGAAGUGACUCACACCGUCACCUUGCACGAGAUUGACGUAAUCAAUAGCAGAACUCAGGGUUUUCUCGCCCUCUUCUCUGGGGAUACUGGUGAAAUCAAAUCCGAAGUCCGGGACCAGAUCAAUAGCAAAGUCGCCGAAUGGCGUGAAGAGGGCAAAGCGGAAAUCGUCCCGGGAGUUUUAUUUAUUGAUGAAGUGCACAUGCUAGACAUGGAAUGUUUUUCAUUUUUGAAUCGUGCUCUGGAAGAUGAUAUGGCGCCAGUGUUGAUUAUGGCCACUAAUCGUGGAAUUACUAAAAUUCGCGGAACCAAAUAUCGAAGUCCCCACGGCAUCCCAAUUGAUUUGCUCGAUCGGAUGGUGAUAAUUGCCACGCAGCCGUACGUGGAAAAGGAAAUGAAGCAAAUUCUGAAAAUCCGGUGCGAAGAGGAAGACGCCGAGAUGACGGAAGAUGCUCUACUCGUUUUGACGAGGCUUUCCUUGGAAACUAGCUUACGCUAUGCCAUUCAGCUCAUCACGGUUGCUAAUCUCAUAGCUCGCAAACGAAAGGCCAUGGAGAUUGCCGUAGAAGAUAUUAAAAAGGCGUACACGCUAUUCCUGGAUGAAACCCGUUCCACCCAGUAUCUGAAGGACAUUCAAGAUGAAUUCAUGUUUAACGAAGAGGACGAACCAAAAUCUGACGUCGCCAUGGAGACAUCAUAACUUAGCUCAAAAUUCCACUUUGAAUGAAAAAGCUUUUUUUUUCCACAUUUGUAUCGUCUAUAAAAUAAUCCCGUCAAAAUAAAAAAGACGCCAAACACAAACAACUACACUCACACGUACUGUUUAAACUGUUUUUCUUCCCGCCUCGUAAUAAUUGUGUACACCCGAAAAGAAGAAAAAAAAUACAAAAACACUUUCGGUCAA